GUUGGCAACGUGUUCCUUGCAUAUCAACUGCAUUUAGGAUCGCGGAAACUUCUAGGGUUCGCAAAGUUUGUGCGCAGGGCGCACAACGAUGGCGCAACCUGGCGAGGUUCUUCGCUUUUCCCCACUGCAGAGCGUUGUGGACGUCAGCUUUCUCUCGGAGCUUUCUGAAUACAAAUUAAACGUUCUAAAGCUAUCAGAAGAACCAGUCGAGAUCACCGGCUACUUCAGCCCGAACCGCUACGACAGUGUACCAGCCCGGUUGCAGCUGGACGUUUCCAGCCUGCGUCCGGAUGCCUCAACUCGCCUGGACUGUCACGCUGCCCCCGGGCGGCUGCUGCUGUUCAACACGGUGGAGGGAUUCCGAGGGGCGGACAAGGCGGCACUCAUGCGUCAGGCGGCUGCGGAGGUGUGGCGGGACGUGGUGAGCGGCGCUGCGGAGGCGGAGCCCUGGCGGCUGACCCGCUUCCUGCUGCUGGUGCAUGGCGACCUCAAGCACUACAAGUUCCACUACUGGUUCGCCUUCCCCGCACUCAAGCCGCCCCGCCCCUUCACGCUGUCCGCCCCGCCCACCCCCCUGGCGGAGGCACUGCCGCCCGCUGCAGUGGAGCUGAUCUCCGCCGCUUGCACCGCCUGGCGCUACCCGCCCGCCGGGGCCCCAGCCUCAUCCCCGCCCCCCGCCGCUGCGGACUCCUCCACCACCCCCGCAGCAGCACCCCAGCCCACCGCACCUGCGCCUCCCUCCAGCGCUCCCCCCUCCUCCCGCUCCUCCUCCUCCUCCCGCCCCCAUGCCAAGGUGCUGACCCGCAGCCCCGCCCCCUUCUGGCUGCUCUCCAGCCCCCAACCCGACUUCUCCCGGGAUGUGCAGUCGCACCCGCUCAGCCACUGGGGCGCACUGCGGGCUGGGGGGAACAUCGCUGCUGCUGCCACUGCUCGGGAGGCGCCCUCUGAAACGCUGUCCCAGCAGCAACAAGACCAGCAACAAGAACAGGAGCCGCAGCAGCAGCAGCAGCAGCAGCAGCAGGGCCCAGGUGCGGAGGGUGCCCAGCAGUUGCCACUUCACGUGCUGCUGGUGUUCUCCGACGCCAGCCACCAGCCAGCGCACCCCGCCUGGCAGCUGAGGAACGCGCUGCUGAUGGCGGCAGCACGGUGGCGAGUGGGCAGGCUGAGGGUGUUGUGUCUGCGUGAGAGCAGUCGCGGGGGCGGGCGACUGGAUCCGCGACGCAGUGUGUUGAUGGAGGUGGACCUGCCGGCGAUGGG